AUGGCAAGCCAGAAUCCCGCGACGCCCGUCAAGGUGCCCUCCUCGGCUGCCAACUACACAGCCGCUACACUCGACCCUGACCUCAGGUCACAGAUCAACACUCUGCUAAUAAAAGACGGCCAUGUUACAAAAAUUCAAGACCACCUCCUCCAUUCCCUCCACGCGCACCCUUCCAACUGGCCCACAGUAAUCCAAACCCACGCGCUUUCUCUGCUCCGCUCCGGCGACGUAACCACUUUCCCUGCCCUCCUUCGCCGCGUCAUCGAAGAUGUACGGCAAGACACAGCGCUGGCGCCAAACACCACCCGGCCCGUAAACGGUUCCAGUUCUUCCGACGACGGAGGAGGAGGAGGAGGAGGAGUCAAUGGCAAGAAGACAGAAGGUACCAACGGCGCAACGGCCAGCAAUAACACCGCCAGCGCCGGCAGACCAAGCCUGGCUGUCCCGCAGGCGGUUGUCGACGAAGCUCUGAAGGUGACGCGAGAAUGUCUGGAUACGGUGUGUGAACUUGAAGAUAGCGGAACCACAUGA